GUGCUCAAGCUGCCCGUGGAGUUCCUGCUGCUCCUCACUGUUCCCGUCAUGGACCCCGACAAGGAGGAUGGGAACUGGAAGCGGCCCCUCAACUGCCUGCACCUGGUCAUCAGCCCCCUGUUCUUGGUCCUGACCCUGCAGUCGGGGGCCUAUGGCGUCUAUGAGAUAGGUGGCCUCUUUCCCGUCUGGGCCGUGGUGGUGAUCGCAGGCACAGCUUUGGCUGCAGUGACCUUUUUUGCCACAUCCAACAGUGAGCCCCCAAGGCUUCGCUGGCUCUUUGCUUUCCUGGGCUUCCUGACCAGCGCCCUGUGGAUCAACGCAGCUGCCACGGAGGUGGUGAACAUCUUACGGUCCCUGGGUGUGGUCUUCCGGCUGAGCAACACUGUCCUCGGGCUCACGCUGCUGGCCUGGGGGAACAGCAUUGGAGAUGUCUUCUCAGAUCUCACGCUGGCCCGCCAGGGCUACCCGCGGAUGGCAUUCUCGGCCUGUUUUGGUGGCCUCACCUUCAAUAUCCUGGUGGGCGUGGGGCUGGGCUGCCUGCUCCAGAUCUCCAGGGGCCACGUGGCAGUGGAGCUGGAGCCUGAUGGACUGUUGGUGUGGGUCUUGGCUGGCACCCUAGGCCUCAGCCUCGUCUGUUCCCUGGUCUCGGUCCCACUGCAGUGCUUCCAGCUGAACAGAGUUUACGGCUGCUGCCUGCUUCUCUUGUACUUGACCUUCCUCCUGGUGGCCCUGCUCACUGAAUUCGGAGUGAUUCACUUGAAAACUGUGUGAGUGAAGCUGUGUCGGAGUCCGCCUGGUGGUCGGGAGGUGUCGCUGCAGGCGGUGAGAUGGAGGAUGAAGUUUCUUCGUUCGAACCCGCUCGCCUGAGCGUGGCCAAGGCCGAGACCAUGAACGGGGUGUGCGCUCGUGGGGCUGUGCUCUCUGCUGAAGCUUCCCAGUCGCUGCCGUGUGCAGUUAGGUCAGCUAAACCUUGUUUCUGGGGCUGCGGAGGCUGGGCUUCCCUGUGGACAGAGUUCCAGGCAGCAGGUAGUCUUCCUUGCGUUAUCUCCAGAGCCUCUUGAAAGUUGGGGUCUGGGGCGAAGGGGAUGCCUGGGUGCCUUCCAGGCUGGAAGACCCCAAAGAGUUCAGGGCUGGAGACAGUUGUGGAGGCCCAGGCCCCUCCCCACAGUCACGCCCUGUUGCCUUCCUGCUGCUUCUCUCAGGGCUGCCAAACCCAGGUUUAGGGAGUCAGGGUGACUCGGACCUGGCAGAUAGAACAGCUUGUGUGCUGUGGGCCUCGGGCCGAUGCGGGCUGAGUUCUAGAGCUGCGCUGUCCAACAGAAAUAGAAUGUGAGACAUGUACCUAAUUUUGAAUCUUCUAGUCGCCACGUUAAUAAAGCCAAAAGAAAAAGGUGAACUUAAUGAUAAUAUAUAUCACUCCAAACUAGCAGCCAGUGGCACUGGCCCAUGAGUGGCUGCCAUUUGGACAGCACAGCUCUAGACUCUGCCUCUAGAACUGGCCGCUGGCUUCAGAGGUUUCCCCAGAUGCAAAACAGGAGCCGGUUGGACUGUGCCCUGUGCCUACCUCAGGGGGAGCCCUGGGCUGGGGCUGCUUUGCCUGUGAGCUCCUGGGAGGGUGAUGAGCGCUCCCGGGCGCCUUCCUGCUGUCAGCCAGUGACCCGCCUUUUUAAUAAGCAGCUCUUCUGUUUGCUCAAUGCCUUAUGCCGGCAGUAAAGGGACUCAGUUGUCUUUUUUUCCAAUGAAAAAAUUAUUAAAUAUUUCAAGUAAACAGAAAACAACAUACAGCCGGCUGUUACUAGUUCUUCUUAACCUGGGUCAGGCUGACAAGUGGUCGGUUCCAGGGCCGAAGGCGCUUGGGCCUGACGGAUCUGGACUUGGUGGCACGUCUAGGGGUGGGGCUGAGGUAG